CCGCGCCACCCUUGUGGCCGGCCGCUGACAGGGCAUACUUUACGGACACUGAAAGAUUCGAGCAAAACAACUCUCGCAUUCAAGCUGCGGCAAGCAGUCCUGAGCAAUAUGUCGAAUCUGUAACAUUAAGCAAGGUGGAACAGUAUAGCAAAAGACAAACAUCUCCGCCCAACGGAAAACUAUUGUGUGAGCGUACAGGAUCGGGAAAGGAUCCAAAUCACAUUACACGAGCUGUCAGUCCACGCGGCAGCCACUCGUUAGCUUCAUCCGAAGUGGUCGCGUACGACCAGCCACCAUCACAUGCACAGCUGCGACAAUUGGAACCUUCCACCAGAACAGACACUAGGUCCGUUUCACGCAGACCAAUGGAGCAUGGGAAUCGUAUGGGAACACAUCAGCGCCCGUUGCCACCGCUCCCACUAGAAACGGGCUCGUUGAGAUCCGUACCUAAUCAACAAGAUGACACGUGGAACAAGGAGGCAUACAAAGAAGUGUAUGAACAGUUUCAUACGCAAAAAAAUCAUACCUUUCUCGAAGCUCAGCAGCUCCAACACCGAAACUUUGCCACGAUGGAAGUCAGCUGAGUAUCUUAUACCACGUCGAUCACUGCCGGACCCACCUGUACCAUGCCUAUGGAGUCGAGGCACUGCACCAGAGGGAAAGAUCACACCUCUGAGCUCGACUGGACAUCCGUAUGUCGCCACCGUGUGCGAGUCGAGUCGAAAUUUGUGGGAACGCAGUAUUUCCAGCGAUUACGCCCAAAAUCGUCCCAGCGCCAAGCAGCAUGUAUCUCGUGGCCACUGGGAAGAUAUAGAUAAUGAUGUGAGAGCACUGCAACAAACCCAAGACGAACACGCAAGCCAGGGAUACAAAUCCGGACGGCUGCCUUCCCACAAAUUGGCCCUGCCGUCUCUGAUCUCCCAGCAGCGAGAUAGCUCCCUCCAACCAGUACAUUCCCUCGCAAAUCCUGCGCCAUCGUUUCACUCGUCAAGCGACAUUCAGAAUGGUCCUAGACCGCCGCCUUGGGGCUCCUACGAAGAUCUCGAGAUCCAACGUCGACAACGCGGGGACGCAAGAGAGCGCACCAACGUUCAAUUGAAUCGUUUGACAGCGGACAGCGCAUCGAUGUAUCAGAAGUCAAUAUCUUCUGACAGCGUUGGCAAGGUUCCUUCAAGGGAGGUAGAACAGUACAGAGAACAGAUACUUGGCGUGUAUCCCGACAUGGAAUUCAACAGAGACGAUGGAUUAGGUGAUCCGAGGUGGUGUUGCUGUGUUAUGAUGUGAUCGGUAUCAGAUCCAUGAGAAAGCUUCAUGGCUAUCGAUGAGAUUUGUAGAUAUGGUUCUACACCUCAGGACUCUGUGAUCUACACAUUGGAAGUCAGGGAGUUCAUACGAUCGGAUGUCACAGCCUGGGAAGUUCAAUAGCAUCACCAAUCAGUGCUACAAACACAGCGC